UCAGUUGCGUCUCCAACGUCCGCUGAGACAUAACUCCCAUGUUCUUUCAUUUAUGUCAUUAAAAUUCUAGUUUUAGUCAACAGUGCGUCGCGGCCUCCUCACAUGUGCCCCAACAGUAAAAAUUCGUUAUCUCGUAGGAAUUUCGUAAUCUAAAAUCUGGCCGAGGGAAACAGACUGUGAAAUAAAAUUGCCAGUGCUGAGUGCAAAGGAAAUAAUUACCAGGAACAUGGAGUUAUAAGCAAGACCUAUCUGAUCCUUUGUUUACAUUUUUUUAUAAGGAAUUCAACGGGUUUGUUCUUUAAUGAUUUAGAUUUCUGUUGAGAUAAAUUAGAAUGGAAAAUAACUCUACUGAGAGUUUGGACGUGUCUGGGGGCGGCGAUGCAGAAUCAAUCAAUAAGACUUCACCCAACGGUAGCCCACAAAAAUUGAACGAGAAUUCGUCGCUCAAUCCGUUGACUAAUCAGACGUAUUUCGCUGAUGAGAGGAUACAAAUUCCGGAAGUUGAGACGGCUGGUUUCAGCUUCAAAAAAUUAUGGGCCUUCACGGGUCCUGGUUUUCUCAUGUCAAUAGCUUAUCUAGACCCUGGAAACAUAGAGUCCGAUCUGCAAUCUGGAGUUUCAGCUAAGUACAAGUUACUAUGGGUUUUACUAGGCGCCACAAUACUUGGUCUAGUGAUGCAGAGGCUGAGUGCUCGUCUGGGGGUGGUAACAGGCCUCCAUCUAGCUGAAAUGUGCCACAGACAGUACAAAACAGUCCCCAGGUUAUUCCUGUGGCUUAUGAUUGAGAUCGCAAUCAUCGGCAGUGACAUGCAGGAGGUCAUUGGCACUGCCAUUGCACUCUACCUGUUAUCAGGGGGCUGGAUUCUACUCUGGGCAGGUGUUUUGAUCACUAUUGUCGACACUUUUACAUUUUUAUUCCUUGAUAAAUAUGGAUUGAGGAAACUCGAGCUCUUUUUCGGACUGUUAAUCGCUAUUAUGGCUGUGACUUUUGGUUACGAGUACGUUGUUUCGGCUCCACCGCAAUUGGAAGUAAUAGAGGGAAUGUUCACUCCAAUGUGCAAAGACUGUGACAGCGAUGCUCUCCUCAAGGCUGUUGCCAUCGUCGGUGCUGUCAUUAUGCCGCACAAUUUGUACCUCCACAGUGCUCUCGUCAAGUCUAGGGACAUUGACAGAAGGCAGCCCAAGAAGGUCAAGGAAGCCAACAUGUAUUUUUUCGUUGAAGCGAUAAUUGCUCUACUCGUUUCCUUCGUUAUCAACGUUUUUGUUGUUGCUGUAUUUGCUCACGGUCUUUAUGACAAGAAGAACAGUGAUGUUUAUCAAGUGUGUGAGGCAGCCGGUGACACCCUGGGAAUGGAAACCUUCCACCAGAAUGAUUCAUCAGCAAUCGACGCAGAUUUGUACAAAGGAGGAGUAUUUCUGGGCUGUCAAUUUGGAAUAGCAGCGAUGUACAUAUGGGCGAUUGGCAUUCUAGCGGCUGGUCAAUCAUCAACGAUGACUGGAACGUACACUGGGCAGUUCGCCAUGGAGGGCUUCCUGAAUCUCCAGUGGGCACGUUGGAAGAGGGUCUUCUUCACCCGAACAAUUGCAAUAGUGCCAACAUUUUUCGUAGCAUUUUACGCUGAUAUGGGGGAUCUUGGGGGCAUGAAUGAGGUCCUCAAUGCCAUAAUGACCCUUCAACUUCCAUUCGCCACACUUCCUACUCUUGCUUUUACAAGCAGUGAGCAGAUAAUGGGGAAAUUCAAGAAUGGAAUAUUUAAUAAAGUCGUCGCAACGUUGCUGUCGGCAGCAGUAAUUGCCAUAAAUAUUUUCUUCGUAACUCAAACAGUAAAUGAGAAACUCUCCAAUCCAAACUGGGCAGUCAUCUUCGGCAUAAUAAUUUACGCUGUCAUUUACCUUGGAUUCUGUUUGUAUUUCGUCAUUCACAUGGCUAUUGCCAUGGGAGCUGAAUUUCUGACGAGGAAUAGAUUUAUUGCUAAAUACGUUGGCGGCCCAACGGAAAUGAGUUUCGCUCUGACAAAUCCAGCAGUCUAUGCCAGCAUGGCCUUGCGACGAAUACCAGAUAUAGAUUUACCUGACAGAGAGUCAACCCGGCGUUCUCAAUACAGGAAAACCUGAACGGUAGCUUCAACCCUCUCAGGCUGGACUGAUUCUCUUAUUUAAUAGAAAAUAAUGAGUGAUGAAGUGAUAAAACAAAAGGAGUCAAUCAGUUCUUUAUUGGUUUCUCAAAAUGAGUAAUAAAAGAAAUAGAACUUUCUUAUAGAAAAAUUCUUUGCACAAAACACAAAAAUAUCUGGGAAAUGUCUCCACAAAAAUAUUGCCAUUUUCACUGGAUUCUGAGAUAUUCUGAAAAAAAAUCAAAAGCUGUUCUUUCGUUUUAGUACUUCACUACUCAACGUUAUUAACUAUUAAGGUAUUUUUAAAUCUGAAUAAAGCAUAAUAUAUUCUGUUA